CUUGACGCGCGGAGGAUAAAUACGACGGCUGUUUAUUUUUCGCUGCCACAAUGCAUUUCAGCUGUCAACAACACAUGUGCAGGUGCAGGCUAGUGGCGUUGGGGGCGCGAAUAACAACUCUUAAAAACUAGAAAACUACCAGAUUUCAGCUCAUCUUUGAUUUGGACUUUACUCAGACGACUUAUCGGCUGAUGUGACUUGGACCGCCCAGAACCCAAUCUCGAUGCAAAGCGUAACGAACAGUUCUUAGAUUUAAGCCUCGUAAGCCUCCGCUCAUCUUUUCCUACCUUGACGACGCGAAAGCUGUCUUUAGUUUUAGCUGCGUUGGUCGAUGAAUACCUGUGCAGUCUGCGACACUCAGAGAUCAUCUUAUCAAGAACUGAAGCUUCUCAGGACGGCAAAAUGUCCAAAAGAUUCAUGUGGGGAAGCGAGCAGGUUGAGGAGUUCUUCAACCUGCUUCGCAACUCCUACCGAGACUACCUCAUGGCCAAAGAGCUACGUCGGAUGGACGAAUUCUACGAGAUGCUGGGCUCCUGCAUGGGAACUGAUGGCCUGGUGGUCCAGAACUUCCUCAAGAAGAUCGGGAGAUCCUACCGGGACAUCCUGCUGCAAGCCGAGACCUGCGAAGAAGGGGGUCAACUCCCCGAACGGAAGCUGCGAGGCUCGGCGAGGAUCUACGCUCUGUACGAAGAGUACUACCAAAUGUACUACCUUGGUGCGGUGCCCUCCAGACCCAAUGAUCUGGAAGCCUCUGGGAGCUUCCAGCAGAAGUCGAUAACGAGUCACAACGAUCGGAAGCGCAAACACUUACCGGAAGCCGCGGCGUGUAAGAGACGUUCUAGGAGUCCGGUCUCAGAGAUUGACACCAAGGAAGAAAACAUCGUUCAUGUAGAUGAUGAGGACGCUGCCAAUCGUUUAGAUGGCGACACAGUCCCUGAUUUGCAUCUGCAAAGAGCUGGUGAGUUGGUGGACCAUUUCAGCACUGAGGAAGUACCUACUGAAACAGCAUCUAAGAAGGUCGUCGUGGAAAAUGGUGAAAUGUCACCGCGACAUUCACUUGCCAGUGAUGCUGCAAGGGGUACGACGAAACAACGCCAGGAAGAUCCCAAAUCUGACGGCGUGUUUGGAACAACCACAACAGACUUUCAGGAGCGAUUCUUGAAGCUCAUGGAAAACCAGAACCAUAUCUUGGCCAGUAUCGUGGACGAACUGAACAUGAUCAAGCAUGCGGUGUUGGAUGCUAACGGACUACAGACCAUCACCUACGUCAAGUAGGCCUGCAAUUUACCUGGCAAAAGUUCAACAUGAUUUGAACAGCUAAUUCAGACUUUUUGUACAUUUUUCAUUAAUGCCAAUGCAUCAUCCACAUGAAGAACAUGUAAAUGAUGAAGGUUUUAUCUACUAACUACAUAAUGUGCAAGUGAUGCAUGUAUUGAAAUCUUUCAGUUUCUCAGUAAUUCAGUUUGACGAUAUUUAUUUUAAAGCUUGGCCAGUUUUAUUAAUUUCUACAGGAGGGUUAACAUUAUUGAGACGUUAUCUGCAAGUUUUGCUUUUCAGAAGCAACUCAGAAUGGUUGAGAGCGGUAUGUUUUAAAGCCAAAGAGCAAAAAGAAACUCAAAACUGAAUAAAAAUAUCGUUUUUGACAUGCCCGACCCUGCGUGAAAACGGUGACAAUAUGUUAGGGACUGUGAGUCCUAAACUAAAAAGUGCAAUCCUUAUUGAACCUCAUUUGUUGUAGUCUAAAGAUAAAAAAGUCAAUACGGCCUAACACGCAUAAAAAACUGAGCCUGCGGGCAUCUUUUCUUUACCAGUUCACGCCGGAAUUAUUUUGACACGAACCAGGCGGGUUGAAACCAUCACCCUCGGGCAGCACAUUCAUAUUUCCGGCCUGGCUCACCACGAACAGGUCCCUGACAGAUAUUUCCGGCCUCGCUUCCUGUGUGUUUAUCUGUCAUCCGUUCCGAAUACUGCAGAACUUUUGCGCACAUACACGGCUUCCGGCGCAAACUGGUUAAGCCAUCUUCAAUGAUUGUGUUCUUCUGAAUGGUACCGUUUAAGGUGGAAUAAUUUGGUGAGUCCUAUCUUCACUUUGAGCAAGGAUUUUCUCACUAAAUCCGUGGGUAUGUUUCUGGGAAAUUGUAAAUGUUCCCACGUGCCUUCAAAUAGUGAAUUCGCCAUUCUGUUUGCAUGAAGAAAUACACCAUGUUUUAUGUUGUGCAAAUUUGUACUUAUUUAUUUAAUAAAUUCGUCGCAUCAAUGCAACAAGGUCGUAACUCCAUUCUGCAACAAAUACAGUAUCUCCCGCGAAUACGCUCCGUAAGCAAGGUCAUAUCUCGACAUCCAUUGACUUUAUGUGAACAUCCAGGCUAUUUUAAGUGAGAAACGCCCAAAUUUGACAUUCUGAAACUCGCAUUUCACGCACAGCCCAUUUUAGGAGAUUGUGACCAAUUGUGCUCAUAAUUUUGUUUCUCAAAUUCUUUGCAGAUAAACUAUUAAUUGUGUAGCCAUCGUUCUGAAAUCUGGUGAAAUGCUUAGGAAUCUAAUACUUAAUAAUGUGUAGUAUGGUUACGAUGCGUAGGAAUCUAUAAAGUUGUUGAUUGGUUACGUACAUGUAAAGUUGAAUUCGUUAGAAUUUGAUUUGUACCAAGUACAUUUCUGUACAUAUGGUGUCGUAACUAGUGUAGUACGUACUUGACGUGUUAUGUGGUAGCACUUGGUGUAUUAAAGUGUAGGACUUACGAAUGUAUAUUGAGAAGUGCAGACAUUGUGUGUCCAUUGAACUGUUGCAGGGGUGAACAAGAGAAAUUGAACGAACUUGUGUUGGGCCUGACCUCUGAGCUAGUGAGUUGGCGUUGUGUCAACCACACAGGAUGAGAUUACACGUGUACACAAAAACUGCUUGGACGAAAUUUGAACAUGCACAAUUAGGUUUGAGUUACAUGCACUAAGCAUGUGUGCAGUCCAAACUUUGUUUGAGGAAAAAUAAUAAAUGGCCAGUCAGUAUACAUGUUUUACAGUCUUGUUCUGGGCCCAAUUCCCUGGCUCUGUUAACCAUGGAUUUCUACGCUUACGAUCACCAUUUUGUUUCAACCGCGCCAGCAGAAGAAGUCUGUGCUAACCCUGUAAGCACAGAAUCCUUAGUUACGGGAUGUACGCAUGCGCACAGGCCAAAAUUCCUGGCUAAUCCGUGAAAUACACUUACCAUAAGCAAACAAUUUUCUGCUGUAGUAAGCGGGGGAUUUUUCGCUAACGGUAAGCAGAGCCAAGAAAUCAGGCCCAGUUCUUGAGGUCAUAAAAUCCGUACAUGUACAGGCCAUGGAGCUGAUGAUUAGGCUUUACUAAAAUUACUGUCAUGUUUGUCAGAAAUGGACAAUUUUGGAGAGUGCCUAAAGGCCUAUACUUACACGAUUUUGUCGCGUGGUAAUAUCGCAGACGUGCGUGUGUCUGCAAAAAGCGAUCUGUUGUGUAAUUUUGGGAAUUAGCUCGCAUCAGUUCAGGCAAAGGCUCCAUCCAGGUGAAUUUUGCGAUUGAGACGUGUAAAUGGUCUUGUAAAUGUAAACACACUUACUGAUUUGUGGAUAUUUAUGAAAAUGUGCUACAAUGUUGCACGAGAGAGUCCCGUAUGUGUACCUAAAUACAUUGUUAUUACAUUUUGCGCUGAGAAGAUGAUAUUGGAAGAGCACAUGUAUGUGAAUUAUUCUGUUGAUUUCAGGUUUAAAUCCCAUUUUUUUUUACCUGUGAUAUUCAGCCUAGAGAACCAUAGAACCAAUUAAAAUUUGUGAACCUAUCA